UAACAUCUCGAAUCGAGUACGCCCGGCUACGAGGGCACACGUCUCCCUUUUAUCCUCUGUCAUUUUUACAAGUGUCCGGUUCGAUUCGAUGUAUGGCUGGUGACAUGACACAUGUUUUCUUUCAAUUUUAUGUUCGAUAUUUAUUCAAUAAUAUUAUUAUUAAAUCAUGUAAAUAUUAGGAAUUGAGUGAACUACCUGUGAGUGAAACUUGUUAAUUGAAAUUUGAUUUAUUUUACAGAAGAGUUCACAAAAAUAAAAAUGACAAUAAGUGGGAAUUAUUCUACUGGUAGAGUUGAUUGUUAGGAAAUAUAAUUGAUGAAGUGAGUACACUAUUGUGAGUGAUAUCUCGUCAUUAUUAAGGAAAUGAUAAAUGUCUUCAGAUGUCAACAGUACGUUAAAAUAAAUUUAUCAUUUUUGCAAUGUACUGAGGAUUCAAUUUUGGAAUUGUUCAAUUAAAAUAAAAAAGAAUCUAGUUUAAUUGAUACAUAAAAAUCCAAGCCAGCUUUUUAUUUUACUCUUAUGCGAAUUAUUAUUUUAUUUUUUCUGUUGGCCUGCUCAAGCACGUUCUCAAGGGACACUAGAAUAUUUCCAGUACGUGCUUAACAUGAAUUUAACGAAGCAAAUUCAUUCUUCUUUGCAUCAUUUUUCCCACAGUUAUUGUAAGAGUUCAUUGAACUUAUAAGUGAUAUAGAUGUUUCAAUAAAUUGACGGAAACAUUUCGAAAUAUAUACUGUGAGUGGUAGUCUGUUGUUUAAUCGACCAGUGACCUUCAAUUUUUUUUUUAAUGAAUGGGAUGCUGGGCAAUAACCUUUCCUCCAGGAAGUUGGUAAUGGACUUUGUUUCUAUAUUUUCUGGUACAUCCACCCGUCCUUGGCGGAAUAUACGAAUUAAAGAGGAACGGAAGCACAUAAUUUAGAGGGAAAAAAUUUAAAAAAAAAACGCAAAUGAAAAGUUAGAAAGAGACGGAAUAUCUUCGAUUACUGUCAACGACAGGCAAAGGCCAGCGAAGAUGAAGAGACCAAGCAAACAGCAAAGGGGAGGGCUUAUUCUCACAUUUCUCCGCAGCAGUAGCUUUUGCGUCUAUCGUCACAUCAAGCAUGCCAUUCGAAACGAAAUCGUCCUCGUGUAAGGGACCCGGAUGAGCGUCCGGCUCAAGAAGGAUUUUCAAGAGAAACGAGAAAGAAGUGCCGAAGACUUUAAAAGAUGAGCCAGCUGAAGGUGAGAUGAGGAUAGCACCAGCUUGGCGGAUGAAGAGUGAGUCGGAGCUGGGAUGAUGACGGUUCUUAGGAGAUAGAAAGACGAGUAAGUCUGGAAAAUAUUGAUCCCUAAUGCAUCGACGGAUAUGAAAAAAGAAAAGAAAAUAGUGUGAUGAAGAAAAAUCGAGAGAAAAGAAAAAGAUGAGGUGCAUGUAAAAGAAGCAAUCAAGAUGCCGCCAGAUUGAGAUUCAAUUUUGCAUUCUCUUCAGACAACUUAUGGUCCAAAAUACUCUCAUCGUCAAGUAAUUCACUGAACAAUGCUAGUGGAAAUAAGAUAUUAAAUUGUUCUGAUCCUAUCAAAGAACUUAUGUUCAGCAAGUGAAAAGCGCAUCUUGAACAAUUGAUAAUAAUUCAUUUGAAUUAGCUUACGUGUGCAGAAAUCGAUACAAUGUAAUUGAAUAAGUCAGGAAGAUCGAAGACUUGGAUCCAUAUAAAAUUCAAAUGACUUUAGCUUUUUAACAUUUGCAUUGAACUCAAUCAUACAGAAGAGAGACUGAAAGUUACUGUUCUAGGAAAGUAUAUAAGAUAGAGACAGUGUCGGGUCCAAUAGUUACUGACAAACUCUGCAGGAAUAGCUUCAUUCAAGGUAGUUCGUCCACCCCUCAGCAUUUUCGUUGGCAAAGACGGAUUGAGGGGAGAAUACUAACGGCGUCGAAAGCUUGUGCUUGCGACGGCCUAACCAAAGUUCGGCUAUUUGCCUUUCAAAACGCUGACUUGAUAAUGGCCCGUGCGCGCUAACUUCCAGCCACAAUCUGGCUGGCAUAUCUCAUCCUGAGAGAAACUCCAAACCCUAAGCUUCAAAUCCCUCCAUCUACGAAAUUUCAUUUACCUACCAGUAAUCAAAUAACAAAAAUAGCUCAUCAACAAACACAAUAACCAAUGGAUUGCAGUGAUAGUGAUUAAGACAAUGAAGUGAUAGGUCAUUGAUUAAGUCGAUAAUCAUGGUUUGGUGGAUGUUAAUGACUUUGUUGGCUUUACAGCCAAUAAUAAGUUGUGCUGAGUUAAGCUCGCGGGUAGUGAGGACCAAGUACGGUGAUAUAUCCGGUGUAAUCGUGACUCUUGAGCGUAAUCUCGAGGGCGUAGAAGUAUUUCGUGGUGUACCAUAUGCUUCACCACCAGUUGGCUCACUUAGAUUCAUGCCUCCUGUCAAUGGUGCUUUAUGGCAAGGAGUUAAAGUGGCUGAUAAGUUUGGACCAGUCUGUCCACAGAAAUUACCGGAACUAACUAAUGAUUUACCGCGAGGCAGAGUUGAAUACUUGAAGAGACUGUUACCCUACUUGCGUAAUCAGAGUGAGGAUUGCUUGUAUCUGAAUAUCUACGCUCCAGCGCAAGCCGGCGCCAGAGACGGCGCCAGUAAAAGAUAUCCAGUGAUAGUCUUCGUGCAUGGAGAAAGCUAUGAGUGGAAUAGCGGCAAUCCUUACGAUGGAAGCGUCCUUGCCAGUUACGGAGGUGUCGUUGUCGUUACCAUUAACUACAGACUUGGCAUUCUUGGCUUUCUCAACGCCAACACGGAUUCGCACUUACGUUCUCCAGCUAAUUACGGCCUCAUGGAUCAAAUUGCUGCAUUGCACUGGGUUCAAGAGAAUAUAGCUUACUUUGGUGGAGAUCCGAGCAAUGUUACUCUUGUUGGGCAUGGAACUGGUGCAGCUUGCGUCAAUUUCCUAAUGGCUAGUCCUGCUGUGCCAGAUGGUCUGCUGUUUCAUCGAAGUGUUCUGAUGUCUGGAAGUGCUUUGUCACCUUGGGCGUUAGUUCGAGGAGCUGCUAAUUAUGCCAUGCAAGUGGCUAAACAUCUAAAUUGUUCCUCAGUUAUCCACGAUCCACAGCUGUUACUACGCUGCUUAAGAGAUGUCCCACUGGAAAACCUUCUAGCAGUUCCAGUUCAAGGACUGCCUUUUGCUCCCGCAUUUGGCCCGAGCAUUGACGGUGUUGUUAUUGACCCUGGAGAUUCAGAUAGUUACACUCUCCAAGUGGACACAAUUAAUACACUAAACAACAUUUUACUCAGGAAAGAUGUAGUUUCAAAGUUAACCAGGUAUGAUUUAAUGGUUGGAGUCGUCCGUUCAGAAUCUUACUUUUCAUUAACAUCAGACGAUGCACAAUACGGAAUGGAAGUUGAUCGUCGAACGAAAAUUCUUCGUGAAUUUGUGAGAAAUACUUAUACGUAUCAUCAACCAGAAAUUUUGGCGACAAUUAUCAAUGAAUAUACUGAUUGGGAGAGACCAGUUCAACAUCCAGUCAAUAUACGAGAUGAAACGCUUGAAGCAUUGGGAGAUGCUAAUACCGUAGCACCUGCAACAAGAACUGCUGAUCUCCACAGCCAAUCUCAUAGGAAUUCUUAUCUUUACGUUUUUGAUUAUCAAACUAAAUUUGGCGAUUAUCAACAGGUACAUUAUAGGCAAGGAUGUAUUCAUGGAGAAGAAUUGCCUUACUUUUUUGGAGCUCCAUUAGUUGGAGGGUUGGCGCAUUGGCCAAAAAAUUACACAAGAGCAGAGAUAACGUUGUCUGAAAGCGUUAUAUUAUAUUUUACAAACUUUGCUCGUACUGGAAAUCCAAAUGAAGGAACUCCGGAUACAGGUCCAGGAGGUUCACGUCCAGAGCGAACUAAACUUAAAAAUAUUCUCUGGACAGCUUAUGAAGCAGUGCAUAAAAAUUAUCUUAAUCUUGACUUAAAAUCGAAAUUAAAGAAUCACUACAGAGCUCAUCGUCUAUCUUUCUGGUUAAAUCUUAUUCCGGAUCUGCAUAAGCCAGGCGGAGAUGAUGUACCCCGAUCUCAUCAUUUGCUAGAUGCUGAACAGGUACCACCCAGGUUUAUUCAAAGAAUACCAACGACGGUGAGAGUAACAACACUAGAGAUAACUACAGAGCGUGUUCACAACACUUCAACGGUGCCAUCAAGUGAACUGGCCUUUGAAGAAACGACCUCUCAACCAGAGGAUGGUUUUGCCGCCUACUCUACUGCAUUGAGUGUGACUAUAGCUAUUGGAUGCAGCCUACUAAUUCUUAAUGUACUUAUUUUCGCUGGUAUAUAUUAUCAACGUGAUAAAAAUCUUCAUCACUGCCCGAAAAAACGUCAAGAAAAUGGUCAAAUGCCUAACAAUAUUUGUGGUGAAUUAGAAACAAAAACCUCUACUGAACGACAUCAUAUCCAACAUAUGCCACCACCAGAUUUUGCGGAUUUGCAAAAUAACUCUUGUCUUGUGCCUAUGCCACCUCCACCUCCGAAAAAUACUAAACCAGCUAAACCCAGUAGUGGACAAAACUUAAUAAUGAGUCCAAAUCAACUACAACAGGAAAACAUGCCAAUGUCGGCUGUGGGUACACUAAAAAAAGGUCAAAAUCACCAACAAAUAAUGGAAGAAUUGCGAGUCUGACUUUAGAACAACAGCUCGUAGAGCUGUUCUCGGAUUUUCCUCUGAUCAUUUGUUUAAAAAAGAUUAUCCUCCAGAGAAAAUAAAUCUUACUACUGCCACGGGACAUUUUAAACAAAUGGCCUUUAAUUCCUUUUUAUGGACUCUCAAUAAUCCCAUAUUCGUAUUGACGGAGCGAAUAAUUUACAGAAUUUCUCAUUCUGCCACGUUAUUUGUGGAAAAACAUGGAUAUAAAAUAAACAUACAUAUGAUGUAGUGAAUUGUGUGUGCGAUUGAAAAAUUUUUGUUUGAAAAAAGGCCAGUGGCAAUUAAUUGUACAGUUAUUCUAUAAAUGUAAUAAAAAAAAAUCGUUAGAUUUGAAAUUUCAGAAAUCAGUCCAGUUGUACGAAAGAAUGAUUGUGAUUAGGAAGAUAAAUAUAAAUAUCAUCUUGAUUGAUAAGAAAUGUUUGACUAUUUAGGAAAAAUUAUUAAAGUCAAGAAUCAUUUUUCACAAUGGAUGAAUUAGUUUUCACAUUUUAAAAAUAUGUAUAAAUUUUCAUUAAAACUGACUUUAAAAAAAUGUAAAAGGUUUAUUGUUAAAAAUAUUCGUUCAUGACCAUUAGAGCCUGGGACUGUUAAUUCUUCAAAAUUUUAAUAGUUAUUUAUUAAAGUAUAUAAAUAAAUAUAUCGAGACCGGAUCAAAGAACACUACAUCUCGAUUGGGAAAGUAUAUUCAUUUAUAAUUUAGCACUCACUGUGCCACUGCUCAAAUAUGGAAUGUAUCAUCUACAAAAUAUUACAUCAUUGUAUUCAAAUCAGAACAAGGUUUUCAGAAUUUUAAUAAUUGAAACUGCCACCAAAAAGUUAAUUACUGACAAGUAUUUAAACUAUUGUAAUUUGAUAUUAUAUUACCAAAAUUAUGACAAAAAAUGUGUAAUAGUCAUUUAAUGAUAUAAAAUAUUUUUUUCGUCUUUUUUACAGAGAAACAAAUAUAGAGGUCAUUAAAAUUAAUCUCAAUCGCUAUUCCGGUAAGGAAAAACAUUUAAAAAGGACUGUUUUAAUCUGGAAUUUUUAUGUGAAUCGUAGAUAAUCAUUGUAAAUAACAAAGAAAAGACUAAGCGAAUAAUACUUGAUAAAGAAUGUACUGAACAAAUAAUGAUUUAGGUAAAGAAUGCAGUGUAAUAUAAAUUAGGAUUGAAGUGAGUAUGUUUCGAAGAAAAUAAAAGAAAAAUGAUAUGAUUUUAAAUUUGUAUAUAAUUGAUAUUACAAUAAAGUACGUAAACCCAUA